CACUCCUGCCCUCCUCUUCGUCUUUCUUUCUCUCGCUCCUCUCUGUUUUUUCUUCUUCUCCGUGCGAUGACGCGUGCACGAGUACACGCGUUGUUCAUGCACGCGCGCGAGUUAUCGCGCGAAUACGACGAUGCAGGCGCAUUAUACAUGCGGCGACAUAGGCGACAUGAAGCGAGAUAGCGAAUAAUAUUUAUCCGGGCUCAUUCGCAAUCGGCUGAAAAUUUUUUCCUGCGAUCCGCGUGGCUUACGCGCGGAGCACACGCGCCGCUGGUAAUUUCGAUUCGUCAUUUGCGUCAUGCGACCUCGGCAGUCGAUACGCCGCUUCUUCUUCUUGGUUACUUUCUUCCUCCCUCGCUGGGUUCCGCGUUUCUUCGUGAGAGUCCAAGACGUCUCGUCGUCGUCGACUCCCUUCUUCCAUCCCGCCCCGUUCUCUCCCUAAUUUCGACUACGACCGAUAAUUUGAUUUGCUCUCAAAAUAGGCGUGCAGCUGUGUUAAUCGGAAUUAGAACUUUGCCCCCCUCCCUCCCUCUCUUUUUCGCCCUCUCUCUCUCUUUCUCUCUUCCUCUCUCGUUCUCUCUUCCCCUUCUCUUCUGGCUCCCGACCGCCGCGCGACUCGGUUUAACUCAACUCGGUUCCACUCGACGGGAACUCAACAGUCGCGGCUAAACUUGUGCGCGAAGAGCAUCACGCCGCGCCGUCGGAGCGAUCGGGUCCCUCCUCGCCGCAACCGCGGAGUCGGCGCACCACCGCGGCGCGCGCGCGCCAACGUUCCAACGUUUCGCCAGCUCGCCGUGCUCGUUUCUUCGGAAGAAUGCGCUUUUGCGUAGAUCAAACGGAGGAGAGGCAAGCCUCGCGCACUUCGCAGCACCUCGACGGGCAGAAGAGUCGCGCUUCCGUUCAAAUCUGAAGCAUCGAGAAUCGAUAUCGGACGCGAGACAGAGAGAGAGGGAGAGAGAGAAAAUCAAGCUCUCGGAGAAGGUGUGUUAAUCUCAAUCGUUGAAGAAUCCACGGCAAACGGUCGUUCAAACGUCGUCCUCUCCAUCGUCACCGUCGUCGUCAUCAUCGCGAAUCUCGCAGAAGCGGCCGAUAGUUACGGCGAGUCUCGCGUUGCUAUUCUUGAAGUGACCACAGAAGGGGAGAGAGAGAGAGAACCCUCGGCAAGGGUGGACGCUCGUAAACGGAUCGGUUGCUUCCUAGUUUGUCCCGCGUCUCAGCCAGCGAGCCGAGUAACUCGCCUCGCCGCGCGAUAAAGCGCGCGCGUGGCAAUUCUCGACGACGGACGUCGUAACGUAAAACUUUCCUCGUCGGUCUCUGCGAUCUUCCACGGGAAGUGAAGGCGAAUUCGUUUCUUGCUCUCUCUCUCUCUCUCUCUUCCUCCCUGCUCGACGUACCGUUUCUUAGAUCGAGCGUCGCGCUAUCGCCUCGCCUCGAGGCUCUCGCUUACGGAGACACCACGUGGGUGUUAUCGGACUGGAUUUGCCCCCGAGAGGUCGUGGUACGUGGGAGCGAUUACGCGAACGAGUUCAUUCAUCGUGCGGAUUCCAGGCUCGCCGGAAGUGACGACUUCCUUGCCGCGAGUGGUAGUGCGCGUUGCGCGCGCGGUGUGCGUCAGUCGAGUGCAUCGUGUGCACGCAUUCACGUACGCGCACUUCAGAAGGUACGCACGAACGCAGAAGCGCAUACAGCGCGCGUGUUGACCUAGAGGAAGCGAAAGGAGAAGAAGAAAGAGGAUGUCGACUCGCCGGACGACCGCGACCGCGGCGUCGUGCGGCGAGAUGCAGCGUCCUGUUGUGGGCCGACGACGACGGUCAGCAGUGGCUCUUUGAAGGUAUCGCCUUAUCGACGAUGGUCCGAGGAAUCGGCCGAGCGGAUAACAACAGCUACUAUUCGAGACGACGACGAGAGGUCGGACUUGCUUGCGCCUUGGUCGUUGCUCCUCGUCCGAAGGGCGACUCUCCGCGCGAUUAUGCAGCUGAAGAAAGCGAUGCUUAAGAUAUUCGAUCAAUGCCUGCACUUGCGGAGCAUCGAGGAGCCGAGGAUGACGGCGGAGACGGCGGCUCCCUGUGUGCAGGCGGUGCAAGGGGCGCAGGGCGCCAUGGCGAGCCAAAGCAUGCUGCAACAGGUGCAGGAUGGAAGCAGCGGCAGCGGCGGCGUCAGCGCUUAUUACUCCUCCACGUCCACCUCGACGGUGUACGACCCCGAGUACGCUCGUAUGGAGGCUUGGCUCGACGAGCACCCCGACUUCGUCAACGAUUACUUUCUCAGGAAAGCGACCCGACAGACCGUGGAUAUGUGGCUGGUGUCGCACGCGACGCCGACGUCAUCGUCCAGCAGCUGCGUGGAGCUGUCGAGUCCGACCCACGGCGUGGCGGCCGGUAACUCGUCGUCCGGUCGCGGCGGCACCGGCGGCUCCGGCGCGACUACGCCGGUGCGCAAGAUCUCGGCACACGAGUUCGAGCGGGGCGGCCUCCUGAAGCCGAUCGUCAACACGAUCGACGGCACGCCGACCUUCCUGAGCGUGUCGCCGGGCGACACGGGUCAGCCGACCGGGCCGCAGGUCGGAUCCGGCAACUCGAGCCGGCCGCAGAGGCGGUCCAGGCACGAGCUCAGGCACCUCGACGAGAAGGACCUCAUCUUUGAGUUGGUCAAAGACAUCUGUCACGAGCUGGACGUGAGAUCGCUCUGCCACAAGAUCCUGCAGAACGUCAGCACGCUGCUGCACGCGGACCGUGGCUCGCUCUUCCUCGUCCAGGGCGAGAGGAGCUGCGCGAUGCCGCCGCCGUCCUCCUCGCCGAAUCACGAGGCCGCUGAGACCGCCGCCGCGAACAGCCCCGACGGCGAGAACUCGCGGUGCAACGACCAGCAGUGCUACACGAGGAGCCGGUGCCUGGUGUCGAAGCUCUUCGACGUCUGCUCGAGGUCCACGCUGCUGGAGAUGGAGAAGAAGGACGAGAUCAAGAUACCGUGGGGCACCGGCAUCGUCGGCUACGUCGCUGAGAGCGGCGAACCCGUCAACAUACCGGACGCUUACAAGGACGCGAGGUUCAACCGCGACAUCGACGCGUUAACGGGAUACCGUACGCGAGCCUUGCUGUGCAUGCCGAUCAAGGACUGCAACGGCGACGUAAUCGGAGUGGCGCAGGUGAUCAACAAGCUCGGCGGCGAGGGACAGUUCACCGCCCAGGACGAGAAAGUAUUCGCCGGUUACCUGCAGUUCUGCGGGAUCGGCUUGAGGAACGCGCAACUUUACGAAAAGAGCCAAUUGGAGGUGAAGAGGAAUCAGGUUCUGCUGGAUCUAGCUAGGAUGAUCUUCGAGGAGCAAAGCACGAUAGAGCACAUGGUCUUCAGGAUCCUCACGCACACGCAGUCGUUGAUUCAAUGCCAACGUGUUCAGGUGCUGCUCGUGCACAAAGCUUCGAAGGGGAGUUUCUCGCGAGUCUUCGACUUCGAGGCGAACGAUCUCGCUGGUGAGGAUUCCGAUUCUCGCACUAGUCCGUUCGAAAGUAGGUUCCCCAUUAACGUCGGCAUCACGGGUUACGUAGCGACUACCGGUGAAACCGUUAACAUACCGAACGCUUACGAAGACCUGCGAUUCGACCCGAUGGUGGACGACGGCGCCGGCUUCAAGCAUCGCACGAUACUCUGCAUGGCCAUCAAGAAUUCCUCCGGCCAGAUAAUCGGUGUCAUUCAGCUGAUCAACAAGUUCGACGACCUGCCGUUCACGAAGAACGACGAGAACUUCGUCGAGGCGUUCGCGAUAUUCUGCGGAAUGGGGAUUCACAAUACGCACAUGUAUGAAAAGGCUGUGAUAGCGAUGGCGAAACAGAGCGUCACUCUGGAAGUACUGAGUUACCAUGCGUCGGCGUCGCUGGAAGACGCCCAGAGACUGAAGACCAUAAGGGUCCCGUCGUCGGCGCACUUUCAACUGCACGAUUUCAAGUUCGACGACAAGCACAUGACAGACGACGACACCCUCUCCGCGUGCCUCAGGAUGUUCCUCGACUUGGACUUCGUCGAGCGGUUUCACAUCGACUACACGGUGCUGUGUCGUUGGCUGCUCAGCGUGAAGAAGAACUAUCGAAACGUCACGUAUCACAACUGGCGGCACGCCUUCAACGUGGCUCAGAUGAUGUUCGCCAUUUUAACGGCUACGCAGUGGUGGAAGAUCUUCGGUGAAAUCGAGUGUCUCGCGCUCAUCAUUGCCUGCCUGUGUCACGACCUCGACCAUCGUGGGACGAACAAUUCCUUCCAAAUUAAAGCCUCUUCGCCACUGGCGCAGCUGUACUCGACCUCGACGAUGGAGCACCACCAUUUCGACCAGUGCCUCAUGAUCCUGAGCAGCCAGGGCAAUCAGAUAUUGUCGAAUCUUUCGCCGGAGGAGUACUCGCGCGUGGUGAAGGUGCUCGAAGAAGCGAUACUCUCGACCGACCUGGCCGUUUACUUCCGGAAACGCGGCGCCUUUCUCACUAUAGCGCGCGGCGGCGCUUAUAACUGGGCGUACACCGAACACCGCGAGCUCCUGCGCGGUAUGCUGAUGACGGUUUGCGAUUUGGCCGCCAUCACGAAACCCUGGGACGUCGAGAAGAGGGUAGCCGAACUCGUUAGCCGAGAAUUCUUCGAGCAGGGCGACAUAGAGAGGAAAACGCUCAACAUCACGCCUAUCGACAUCAUGAAUCGGGAGAAGCAAGACCAACUGCCGAUGAUGCAAGUCGGCUUCAUCGACUCGAUCUGCCUGCCUAUCUACGAGGCGUUCGCCCAAUUGUCGGACAAGCUGUUGCCGCUCGUCGACGGGGUCAGGGAGAACAAGCGGCACUGGCUGGAGAUCGCCGAGAGCAAGUGCCAGGCGGAGAACUGCACGAACCACGACAGGACGCCGUCGCCGUCCGUGUCCGAGAACGAGGAGAUCAGCGAACAAGCGGACCAAUAGUCGUCGUGCGACCGACGUCGCUGGCCACUACAAUCGAACGCACAAAAUGCAGCUGUAUGACCCCCGCCAGUCUCGUCGGAAAGGGAAGGCGCGUGCGCGCGAGGAACAGUUGAGCUUAUCACUACGGAGAGCGCGUGUCUCUCUCCCUCUCCGUGGGAAAUGCACUUUCCUCGUCUCGAUCGCGCUUACGAUCCACCCCUGUGCGCUUGCGAAUAGGUCGCGCAGAGGUCAUUUGCACAUUGUAUAACGCGCACUCUACCGCUACUUCAUUUCCGUCAAUUAGACAUUUCUACGGAUUCUACAGAUCUGCUCUGAUCAAACAGACCAAAUAUAUAUACAAGCUUCUCGCGUCCCGAACCGUACAUGUUGAAAAAAAAAAA